AUGCCGGAAUUUGUCGUUCAUCAUUGGAAUGAAGCCGAGGAUGGUGUGCUGUCGCGGGACACUAUGAAGAAUAAACUUAAUAAGAUGGGCUAUUCUGCUACACCAUACACUUUCAGCGCAGGAAAUGUUUUUGGAGCACACACCCAUGAUGUCGACAAGAUGGAUGUCGUUGUUGACGGUGAACUUGAGUUUUCUAUGUAUGGCAAAUCGAUAAUUUUGAAGGCAGGAGAUGCGCUGGAAGUUCCCAAAGAUGUACCUCAUUCGGCAAAAGUUCGUGGUAACAAGGCGCUCGAAUUUUUCGAUGCCACAAAGUUGUAG